AUGGCUCUGCUGCUGCGGGCCCUGAGCGGGAGCGCGGGGCCGAGCUGCCAGCGGGCGGCGCGCGCCUCUGUCGGCUUCCUGCUGCCGCGUCCCCAGCCCGCCGCCGCGCGCGCCUUUCCCCGUGCCAUGGCGAACGAGUCGCAGCCGCAGUGCCCGCCGGGCGCCGCCGUGGCCUCCUACGACUACCUGGUGAUCGGGGGCGGCUCGGGCGGGCUGGCCAGCGCGCGCCGGGCAGCGGAGCUCGGCGCCAGGGCCGCGGUGGUGGAGAGCCACAAGCUAGGCGGCACUUGCGUGAAUGUCGGAUGUGUACCCAAAAAGGUAAUGUGGAAUACAGCUGUCCACUCUGAAUUUAUCCAUGAUCAGGGUGAUUAUGGGUUUCAAAGUUGUGAAAGUAAAUUCAAUUGGAGUGUUAUAAAAGAAAAACGAGAUGCCUAUGUGAGCCGACUGAAUACCAUCUAUCAAAACAAUCUAACCAAGUCCAAUAUAGAUAUUAUCCAUGGCUAUGCAGCAUUCACAAGUGACCCCAAGCCCACAGUGGAGGUCAAUGGGAAGAAGUACACUGCUCCUCACAUCCUGAUCGCCACGGGUGGUGUGCCCUCGCUUCCUCAUGACAGCCAGAUUCCUGGUGCCAGCCUGGGAAUAACCAGUGAUGGAUUUUUUCAACUGGAAGAAUUGCCUAGGCGCAGUGUCAUUAUUGGUGCUGGUUACAUUGCUGUGGAGAUCGCCGGGAUCCUUUCAGCUCUGGGUUCCAAGACCUCGCUGAUGAUACGGCAUGAUAAGGUGCUUAGAAAUUUUGAUUCUAUAAUCAGUUCCAACUGCACUGAAGAGCUAGAGAAUGCAGGCAUCGAGGUCCUCAAGUACUCCCAGGUCAAAGAAGUUAAGAAGACAUCAUCAGGCUUGGAACUCAGCAUGAUUACUUCAGUUCCUGGUCGGAAGCCCACCGUUAACACAAUCCCAGACAUCGACUGCCUGCUGUGGGCCAUUGGACGAGACCCAAAUUCCAGAGGCCUUAAUUUAAGCUCAUUGGGAAUUCAGACUGACGACAAAGGUCACAUCAUAGUAGAUGAAUUCCAGAAUACCAGUGUCAGAGGGAUCUAUGCAGUUGGGGAUGUGUGUGGAAAAGCUCUUCUUACUCCAGUUGCAAUUGCUGCUGGCCGAAAACUUGCCCAUAGACUUUUUGAGUGCAAACAAGAUUCCAAAUUAGACUAUGACAAUAUCCCCACUGUGGUCUUCAGUCACCCUCCUAUUGGGACAGUGGGACUCACAGAAGAUGAGGCCAUCAAAAAAUACGGAAAAGAAAAUGUGAAGACCUAUUCAACCACCUUUACCCCAAUGUAUCAUGCAGUUACGAAAAGGAAAACAAAAUGUGUAAUGAAAAUGGUUUGUGCUAACAAAGAGGAAAAGGUAGUUGGGAUCCAUAUGCAAGGAAUUGGGUGUGAUGAAAUGCUUCAGGGUUUUGCUGUGGCUGUAAAAAUGGGAGCCACCAAGGCCGACUUUGACAACACAGUUGCUAUUCACCCUACCUCUUCAGAAGAACUGGUUACACUUCGCUGA